AUGGCGGAACCGCACCACAACACCAAUAUGUUCAGGCCUCCCUUCAACCCUUCGGCAGUCCUCGCACCGCCCGCGCACCCGACGCUCUCUGAGAAUGCGCCCAUCGAUCAAUUCAUUCAGAGCGGCGCGGAUGGAUCGAGCUACUACCCGGGCUACGCGACCCCGUCCGAGCAUGAUUACUUCUCCCUGUUCGCCGACAACCAGCAGCAGCCUCCUCCCAUGCUCGGCAAGACUGGCCUCGCGCCGACCUACUCAACCACGGCCGUGCCUCCCGAUGCCCUCAACGCCAACCGCAAGAGGAAGAAGGAUGGCGUCUCAUCGAAUGGCACGGGCACCGCCCCUACCAAGAAGGCCGCACAAUCCGCGGCGGCCAAGAAGACCAAGAAGCAGCAGCAGGCGCAACUCGACCUCUCGGACGAGGAGGACGAUCUCGACGUCGGCGCUGGUGACGGCACCCUUCCCGAGCGCGAGAGGCGUCUCCUCAAGAACCGCAAGGCCGCCCAGCAGUUCAGGAAGCGCCAAAAGAAUCACAUCCUCGAGCUCGAGGCGCGUGUGGAGACCCUCUCGACCGAGAACUCGACCCUCACCUCGCAGGUGGAGCUCCUGCACGCCGAGAACAAGCUCAUCCGCGAGCAGCUCGACUACAUGCGCAGCUUCGUCCUCAAUGCGCUGCAGUUCACCUUCCCGCCAGGCGGCAUGGGUGGCGGCAUGGGUCCGAUGGGGGCCAUGGCCAUGCACGAUCUGCAGAAGAGCAUGAUCCCCCCGGAUUCGAGCCGGCCAUAG